AUGGGCUCAUGUACCAGAUGUUCAGGAACCAGUUCCUCUCCUUCUCCAUGUACCAGAGCUUCGUGCAGUUCCUGCAGUACUACUAUCAGAGCGGGUGCUUGUACCGGCUCCGGGCGCUGGGCGAGAGGCACAACAUGGAUCUGACCGUGGAGGGUUUCCAGUCCUGGAUGUGGAGAGGCCUCACGUUCCUGCUUCCCUUCCUCUUCUUUGGCCAGUUCUGGCAGCUCUACAAUGCUGUCACCCUCUUCCGCAUGCUCCAGCACCCGGAAUGCAAGGAGUGGCAGGUCCUCAUGUGCGGCCUCCCCUUCUUCAUCCUCUUCCUGGGGAACUUCUUCACCACCCUCCGCGUCGUCCACCAGAAGUUUCAGAACAAGAACAAAGACACAAAGGGGAAUUGAAGGCAGGGCGGUGUGGGGUCAGGACUGUUUCUCCCCAGCGGCUCCAUCUCCCAUCCCCUCGAUGCCGUCCGGACUCUGGUGUCUCACCCCGUUCCCUGGAAGCCCGGCUGUGGGACAGAGCUUGGGAACUGCUCACAAAUAGACCACGUCCAUGUUCACCACGGU